CUCUCUGGAAAGUGCUUCCGGGGGCACAGCUGCAGAGACGGCCACUGCCGGAAGGAACGCUGGUCUCCUGUCCCGAGGCAGGUUAGUUCCUGGUCAUCUCCAUUAAACUUGAAGAUUUCAGAGUGCAUUUGGGAUACAUCUUUUCCCCAGAAAACUGUAAUGCCAAGGAAUAGAUGCACACCACUGAUGACAAUACGAAUGCUCUAGCUUUCUAUUCAACUUUUUGGUUAAGGCUCCAAGUUCAAUGAAAAGCAAAAGUUCUUUCUAAUUUCUCAUGAAGCCACACUGUUGCUUAUUCACUUUGGUGGUGAAUGCCAUUAUUCCUGCUGCAUUUUUACUGGAUGAUAUAGAAUACAAUGGAACGAUAGCAGUAGAAACAAAUCAUACUACUUACAAUGUCUCCUUUCACCCAAACUUUGAAAUCUCUUCUAAUUCCCACACAAGUGGUGAUUUCGUCAUAGCCAAAGAGGGAACCAGUGUUUUGAUUGAAUGUCUUCUCACUACUAGCCAUUAUGAAGACAUUCUUUGGUAUAAUUCCAAAUGGCUGUUGCUUGAUCAGGAAGGAGGAGGUGGAAAAUGGUUGAUCUUCAAAAACCACCUGAAUAUCACCAGCGUAACCUUUGCUGACCGUGGGCUUUAUACUUGUUUAGUCACCUCUCCAGUCCAUGCCUCUUACUCUGUCACCCUAAGAGUUAUCUUCACUUCAGGAGACAUGAGCAUCUACUACAUGAUUGUUUGCCUGAUUGCCUUCACAAUAACUCUUAUCCUGAAUAUUACACGUCUGUGCAUGAUGAGUAGCCACCUUCGAAAGACUGAGAAAGCCAUCAAUGAAUUCUUUAGGACAGAAGGUGCAGAGAAGCUUCAGAAGGCCUUUGAGAUUGCUAAACGCAUUCCCAUCAUUACUUCAGCCAAGACCCUAGAACUGGCCAAAGUUACACAGUUUAAGACCAUGGAGUUUGCCCGCUAUAUUGAAGAGCUAGCGAGAAGCGUUCCUCUCCCACCUCUCAUUCUUAAUUGUAGGGCAUUUGUAGAGGAGAUGUUUGAGGCAGUGCGGGUGGAUGAUCCUGAUGACAUGGGAGAAAGAAUCAAAGAAAGACCAGCCCUCAGCGCCCAAGAUGGUAUCUAUGUCAUCACUUCAGAUAUUGGGCGUAGUAAUUCACCAGAAGGAGAUUCAGAGGAUGGCUCCCUGAAUGAGCAGGGCCAGGAGAUAGCAGUUCAGGUUUCUGUUCAUCUUCAGUCAGAAACUCAAAGCAUUGGUACAGAUUCUCAUAAUAGUUGUCAUUCCAACCCAUCUGAAGAGUUAGGAUCUCCUGAACUCAACUCUAACUGCAGAGAUGGGGCAUCUGAAAGUUAACUUUGAUCACUUCACACCACAUAGGGGAAGGUAUCUAGGAGAACACACUUGUCUCUGUCAACAAUGACAGAAAUUACUGGGCUUUUUUGCGGAAUGAAAAUUGCCAAAUUUAACGGGGGGAAAUGCAAAAGUUUUUUCUUGUUAUUUCUCAUCCAUGGUUGUCAGCUUCUCAAAUUUUAUUCAGACAUAGACUCCUCGAAUUUUAGAGCUGGAAGAGAUCUUAGAAAUCAGUGUGGCAUAGUGAAAAAUCACAUAAGAAGUCAGAAGACUAGAGUUGUGGUCCUUGUUGCCCCUUUAUUGAUUAGUUCUGUAGCCCCAAACAAUUACUGUAACUCUCUGGGCCUCAGUAAAAUAAGAUGAUUAAACUAGAUGAUCUUUAAGCCACUUUCAAGCUCUAGAAUUCCUUUAGCCAUCUUUUCUAAAGCAACAAAAUCUUUAACACAUCCCAAUAAAAAAUCCUUCCCACUCUUUCACUACCAAUUUAGGGAGGGACUAGAUCUUGACCUUGUUCCUUUGUUUAGGUAUCUACCCUAAUGCCAUGAUGCCAAGAAAUAGGAUUUAGGAGGGGGUUUUUUCCCCAAAUUUUUUAUCACAUGGAUAGUGAAAUUGCAUGACCUUGGUUACAUCUGUAUGAUGAACUGUGCUUGUAUAUUUGUUAAUGUACAGGUUAAAAUAUACAGAUAAAAUGGGAGGCUUAAUUUUAAUCCACGAAUAAAUUACUCUGAAUAAAUUGUUUCCAUUUGAAAGAUAUCUUUUAGGUGACCAGGUUACCAUUUAAUACAUUGAAGCAGUAAUUUACGAAAUGGUUCAUUCACAAAGCUAAUUUCACCUGAGAAAUAUUUCCUUUGAUGUUUUAUUUAAACAAGAUACAGUAUCCAGCUGCCUUUGGUAUAAAUCAUGAGAUAUAAAGAUUUUUAAAUAAUUUUUCAAACUAACUUUUCAAGUAUUCUGAGCUUUGGAAAAAGAUUAUGUGGGAGAAAUCCCAUUCUAACCAAGAAUAUGCAACCAAUUUCUCAGUCUUUGAAAGUCCAUAGAUCAUCUCUUCUUAGUCAUUUAAAUAUGGCAAUAAAGAUUAUCUUUCCACAUCUGCCCCCAACCCUCAUGCCUCCAACCAUACUCUUAUUUGAAUUUGGAGAUAGGGUUGCGUUAGUGAUCAGUUAGAAGAAAUUCAAGAGGUUUACCCAGGAGUCGUAAACCUUUAAUAAAAAAGAUAAUAAAGUCUAUGUUAUGUUUACUUUGAUAUUUCAAAGAGUCAAUUAUUUCAUUGAUGUGUAUAUAUCUUCCACCAACUCAUAGUUGCUAUAGCCAAAGCAAUUCAUUACCUGGAAAGCCAUCCUUUUGAUGAUAAGCCUUUCCUGAAUUUCCUGGGCUUCUUGAAUGACAGACACAUAAUCUAUCAGUGGUCCCUUUCAGCUCAAUAGAACCUGUUAUGGGGUUACCAGGCAUGGUUUUAAAGGAUCCAGGCUCACCUCCAUGACAUGGUGAAGCCAUGGCAUUAGGAUUUUAAUGGAAGUCAGUUGUAUUACUGUAUAAAUAUAAAAUAACCAAUUGGUCUUUAAAGUACUGAUUGGUCUUGGAAUUAUCUCAAAGCAUGAAUUUUGUAAUGUGGGAUUUGUGGUUCAGCUGUAUAUGUGAACCAUUCAGAUUGCAUUUCUUGUUUGAGAUGUGGUGUUAUUAUCUCUCAUAAACGUGCUACAAAUUAAUUUCUUUCAGUUCCUGAAAGUACAGUGCCAUAUCAUUGUAAGAACUUGGCAACUAAAACACCAUUUAGUACCUCACAUUUUUGUCCUUUGGCUUCCAAUUAUUGGAACAUACCGGGAAAGAAUGGCUCCUAAGGGGAACUUUUAGAGAAGACUUGAUCAGGAUUUAAUUUCUGGUUUCAGAGGAAGAAGGGCAAAAAAAAAAAA